UACUCGCUGGUGACGUGGACGUGUAGGCCCGCCCACGUUUAUCAACGUCACCGUGACGUGUCUGUUCCCGGUGUCAAGAUGUGGUUCUGGUCCCGGGACCCGGCCCGUGAUUUUCCAUAUGACGUCACCGGGGAAAGAGAGGAAUUGCCGGGUGGAUGGGGUGUCCAAGGGGGCAAGAAGAAGGCUAAUAGUGAUCCGGUGUCCGUAUUUACUUAUGAAAUCCGGCCUGGGGCAGAUGAGCAAGCACAAGCAGCCAAAUCUGCAUUGAAAAGAAUCAAGACUUUGCGACACCCAAAUAUCUUAUCAUAUGUGGAUGGUUUGGAGACCGAUAAAUGCUUAUACAUAGUGACAGAGCCAGUAACCUCUCUGGGGACUUAUAUCAAAUCUAGGAGUGACAGUGGAGGGCUCAGUGAGCUGGAGAUCUCCUGGGGUAUUCAUCAGAUUGUGAAAGCACUGAGUUUCCUGGUGAAUGAUGGAAACCUUAUUCACAAUAAUGUCUAUAUGUCAGCUGUUUUUGUGGACCGAGCUGGGGAGUGGAAAUUGGGGGGUCUCGAUUAUAUGUACCCAGCUGGGAGUGAGCAAAGUGCCCCCAUGAAAGGUCCUGAACUAGAGAAGUACAAUCCUCCUGAAAAGUCAGAUUGCACUAAAGUAUCUGGGGACAAGUGGUCAGCUGACAUGUGGUGCCUUGGUUGCCUGAUCUGGGAGGUAUUUAAUGGUCCUCUCCCUCGCCCUACUGCUCUUCGCUCACUUGGAAAGAUCCCCAAAUCACUGGUCCCUCAUUACUGUGAGCUUGUUGGCGCCAACCCUAAAAUCCGUCCCAACCCUGCCCGAUUCCUGCAGAAUUGCCGCGCACCUGGGGGAUUUCUCUGCAACAGUUUUGUGGAGACCAACCUGUUCCUAGAAGAAAUACAGAUAAAAGACCCAGCUGAGCGUCAAACAUUUUUUGAGCAGCUUAGUGAGAACUUGGACUCUUUUCCUGAAGAUUUCUGUCGUCAUAAAAUCCUUCCCCAGCUGCUGACUGCCUUUGAAUUUGGCAGUGCAGGCGCUGUCAUCCUAACACCCUUAUUUAAGAUUGGUAAAUACCUGAAUGCAGAGGAAUAUCAACAAAAGAUCAUCCCAAUCAUUGUUAAAAUGUUCUCUUCCACUGACCGGGCCAUGAGGAUACGACUCCUUCAGCAGAUGGAGAAUUUCAUCCAAUAUCUGAAUGAGCCAACAGUCAACUCGCAGAUUUUCCCACAUGUGGUCCAUGGAUUUAUGGAUACAAACCCUGCUAUUCGUGAACAAACAGUAAAGUCCAUGUUGCUCCUGGCUCCCAAGUUAAAUGAAAACAACCUCAAUGUGGAGUUGAUGAAGCAUUUUGCUCGGCUGCAGGCACGGGAUGACCAGGGGCCCAUUCGCUGUAACACAACCGUGUGUUUGGGCAAAAUUGCUCCAUAUCUGAACCCUGCUACACGACAAAGGGUCUUACUAUCGGCCUUCAGUCGAGCUACGAAAGAUCCAUUUUCCCCCUCACGUGCAGCCGGCGUUCUUGGUUUUGCUGCAACGCACAACUUCUACUCAAUGAUUGACUGUGCUGGCAAAAUCCUACCUGUGCUAUGUGGGGUCACAAUGGAUCAAGAAAAAAGUGUCCGGGAUCAGGCUUUCAAGGCAAUAAGAAGUUUUCUGGAUAAACUGGAAUCUAUAUCAGAGGAUCCAGCACAGUUAGUUGAGCUUGAAAAAGAUGUACAUGCAGCAUCAGUGAACCCAGGUGUUGUUGGUGGAUGGGCUGGUUGGGCUGUCACAGGAGUUUCCUCCUUGACAUCUAAAUUCAUCCGAACCAGUGCAUCAGGGGGACAGGAAGCUGCACCUGCUACAGAGCCUACAGUACCCACAACUAAAGCUCCCACAGAGCUUAGCAAACCGGAUGCUGUUCCUGCAUCAGUUCCCAGUUCUACCUCAUCUGUAUUAUCCCAUCAUGAAGCUGAAGAAGAGGAGGAGGCUGAUGAUAAUCCCUUAGAUCGGUGGGAUGAUGAAGACUGGGGAAGUCUUGAGGAUGCAGACCAGAGCAAAGGACAUACAGAGACUGACGACUGGGACACAGCAUGGAGCCAGAGCAGUAGUAAAAAGACACAAGAGAAGGUAAUUUCACAUUCAUCCUCCAGAAACAAACCACAUAGUGGGACAAGCCAGAGGCUUGCUGAUGCCAGGACCUCACCCUCUGAAGACAGCUGGGGAUGGGAUGAUGCUUUCCAGACUCUUUCCGACAACAAAACUAAAACCCCAUCAAAAGUCUCCCACCCAGAAGGCACAAGACCAGCCAGUGAAUACAACUGGGACAGUGCAGGUGGUGGUGGAAAACACGUGGACUUCUUCUCAGUUGCUUCAGAGAAAGCCAACCAGAAACAAGAUGAUAAUCUAAAUUCAGAGAGCGGCGGAGACUGGGGUGGAGAGGACAACUGGGAGUCUGUGGAAGCAGAUCAAGGUCUCAGCAAAACUGAAAUUGCCAGGAGAAAGAGAGAGGAACGUCAGCGAGAAAUGGAAGCCAAGAGAGCAGAAAAGAGAGCUGCCAAGGGACCCCUAAAACUCGGAGUGAGAAAACUAGAUUGAGGAGAGACCUAAGACGAGAUUGGGGGAGGGUAGAAAACACCUGCAACAAGCUGUGACACUUUCCGUAAAUAAUGAAUGGACGAGGUCUGAGAUUUCAUAAUAUUUAUGCUGUAUACAUUUUUAUCUUACACACAGUGCUGUAUAUUCACAGCCAAAGAAUAAAAGGACAUUUUCCAAAAGAGAAUUUCUUUAACACGUCUGUAAUUCCAUGUACAUAUAUAAUAAACUCCAUACAAAACUA